AUGGCCGCCCACCUCGGCGCCUCCGCGUCCGCCGGAGUCGCCGGCGAGGACGCGUUCUGGACCGCGUGCCCGCACUGCUGCUACGUGCACUCAUUCCCGCGUCUCUACCUUGGGCGCCGCCUCCGCUGCCCUACCCCGGCCUGCCGCCGCGCCUUCCCCGCCGCCGAGCUGCCCGAGGCGCCGCCUGUCGUCCCUGGCACUGACAUGUACUUCUGCACCUGGGCAUUCUUUCCACUAGGCCCGCCCGUCACCGCCGACAGUUGGGUGCCCUUCACCACAUUCUAUCCCUUCAAUCCCCCGCCAUCACCCUCCCCCGCCCCAAACCCCGCCGCCGCAUCCGCCGACACGCCACCCCGCGCAGGCCCGACUUCCAGGAUGAAGAUGGGCGUGUGUUUCAAGGGCAGGGCACGGGCUGAGGCGGAGGAGGAAGAGGAAGAGGCCGCAGCCGCCAUUGAUCUCGAGGUCGAGGGCGAGGAGGGUGUGCUCGGGGAGCAAUGGGACAGCGACAUCGCCAUCAAUGAGACGGUGGACCUCAGCGAGUUGGGCUUCCGCGUCGACGAGAUGGGGGUCCUCCACGAUUUGCCGUGA